AUGAAGUUCGGGAAGAGCAUCUGCGUGCUCAAUGUAGGGGGAACCCGGUACGCCUUCACCCGUGAGGUGAUCAGGGAUUUCCCUCUCCGGCGCGUCAGCCGCCUGCAUGCCUGCGCAACCGAGAAAGAGGUUCUUGAACUGUGCGACGACUACGACCGGGACCGGAAUGAGUUUUUCUUUGACCGCCACGCACAGGCUUUCGUGUUUAUCAUGCUGUACGUGCGCUCCGGUAAACUCCGCUUCGUCCCCGGAGUGUGUGAGCUGUCCUUCUACACAGAGAUGCUCUACUGGGGACUGGAGAGCGCGCACUUGGACUCCUGCUGCCAGAAACGCCUGGACGACAAGAUGACCGAGAUAGGAAUGGACACUUUUUCCGAGGCGGACAUCGGAGUGUCGGGGGAUGAGCCCCAGAGCCCGGGGGAGCCGGGGCAACAGACUGCGCUCACAGGUCGCGCUAAAUGGCUCGAGAAGAUGCGCAAAGCAUUCGAGGAGCCCAACUCUUCUCUCGCGGCGCAGCUUUUGGCCUCAGUGUCCGUGAUAUUUGUGAUGGUUUCUAUGAUCAUGCUGUGUGCAAGCACCCUGCCGGACUGGGAUACAGCCAAGAGAACGACUGUGGAGGAGCACAGGAUAGUGGAGGCAGUGUGCAUUGGCUGGUUUACAGCAGAGUGCAUAGUGCGCUUUCUGGUGGCCAGAAACAAGUGGGACUUCCUCCGCCGGCCGCUGAACAUCAUCGAUGUGAUUGCCAUCACCCCCUACUAUGUCACCAUGGCAAUGGCCCGGGCAGGGAUGCCGGGUGCCGGGCUCGGGGUUGCUGGGGUGAUACUGCGGGUGCUGAGGAUGAUGCGAGUGUUCUGGCUCAUGAAGCUGGCCAGACACUUCCUGGGCCUGCAGACACUGGGGCUGACACUCACACGCUGCUACCGGGAGAUGGUCAUGCUGAUGGUGUUUGUCUGCGUCGCCAUGGCGAUAUACAGCGCUCUGGCCCAGCUGCUGGAGCACGGCUUGGACUUGGGGACGCAGAACCCAGAUUACGCCAGCAUACCGGCCGCAGCCUGGUGGGUCAUCAUUUCCAUGACGACGGUGGGAUACGGGGAUGUGUACCCUGUGACAACUGGAGGACGGGUGCUCGGGGGAAUGUGUGUGGUGAGCGGCAUUGUUCUGUUGGCACUGCCCAUCACAUUCAUCUACCACAGUUUUGUACAGUGCUACCAUGAACUCAAACUGCGCUCUGCCAGAUACGCACGCAGCAUGUCAUCAGAUAUACUGCAAUGAACAUGAGUUUAUACCAAAAAAAAAAAACCAUGGCUCUGCCUACAUCAGAGAGAAAACUCAACAAACCAGUGGACCUGCUGAUCCCAUUGUGAAAUAACGAUCCACUUUGUGCCCUGCCCUGUUUCCUGCCUGAGCUGCACCUGAUUUUAUUUGGCCUGUCUAGUUCCUGCCUGUUGUGUUGAUGAUCUUCAAAUAUCAUCUUAAAACCAGCAUGUUACACGGGCAGGAGAAUAGAAAUACAGAAAUAAUUAUUUAUUAAACACACACACAAGCGCAGUCAAUCCAAUUUUGACAGUGGCUGUUGUUUACACUAUAUUCCCAUGGUUACAACAUUGGCAGAGACGGCUGCUUUUUUGUAUGCUGCAUCGAGGGCCUGU